AUGCCCUGGAACUCUGGAUGCUGCUUGAUUGCAUGGUUUUACAUGCUUAUCAUACCGAGCGAGAAGGCCAAGCAACUCGUGGCGCUCCGCCCGCGGCCGCACCAUGGCCUCCACGCCGCCGGCCGCACCUCUCGUCCGGUAGCGCCCGCGCCCCGCCUUCGCUGUCCGGUCGCGCCGGCCGUUCGCCCGUCCGCCCGGCCUGGCCCGGCCGUAGUGCGGCCGCUGCCCUGCGCUCAGCCACGCCGCGCCGCGCCCGUGGCAUCUUUCGAAGCCCCGUCCUCCCAGUUGGCAAACUCGUCGCCGGUGCGGGUCCUCACGACGUCCGACGCCACGAGUGCAGAGGAGACGUCGGCCCCGACGCUGCUCCUCUCGAGACGGCACCACGCCCGUUCGGCCGGUCGCCCGCGGCCGCGCCUCGGCCCCUGCACCGUCGGCCGUGCCCCUCGCCCGGCCUCAGCGCCGCGCCCCCAUCCUCAACCUCAACACCUCCACGGGCAUGCAGAUCGAGGACAAGGCGUCGUCCUCCGAGUCACCGCGCCCCCCGGCCCCAAAGCCACCGCGCCCCCCGGCCCCAACGCCACCGCGCCCCCCGGCCCCGCUUCGCGGCCGCCGCCGCCAACAGCAAGCCCACCGCCUCCACCGCCCUCCGCUCAGGCGCCUGGGGCCCAGCCGGCCUCAACCUCCCUGGCUACGCUGCGGAGGAGGGCGGCCCCUCCUAGAGCUCGCCGGCACCGGGCUCGGGCGGCCAUCGUCGUCGGGAUCAGGCACUAA